UGGUGUUCGGUAUAUCCCUGUUGAGGUGUUCUAUAUAAUGAACUGUCCUUUACCACAUUCUGAAUCGAUAUUUGAACAGUAUAAAACUGGUGAAAUAAAUAGACCGCAUUUCAUAUACGAGUACAAUGUACAUGUAUAUGUAGAGAAAGUGUUCGAGGUGUUGAAUAUUUGUUCGUGCUUUUGCACAGAUAUACGGAGAAAUAUGGCAUAUUUUACAGCAAGAAUACUUAUACUUGUAAGUUUAGUUAAUCGAUUUCUGUCAGCGGAAAUUCCAAGUGUGACUAUAAGACUAGGGACAAUAAGUGGAGAAACUAAAAGUGUGAUAUUUCAAAAUAAAUCGUAUGAAGUUGACAGAUAUCUCGGCAUUCCAUAUGCUAAACCUCCAACUGGAGAGCUGAGGUUCAGAGAGCCGGAGCCGUUUGGCCCAUUUCCUGAGCCGUACAGUGCUACAGACUUCGGACCAGCAUGUCCACAAGCUACAGUUCUUUCUAACCAGCCCGAGGAGAAGACAUCAGAAGACUGUUUAUUUCUCAAUAUUUAUGUAUCACGACAGGAAUCUGACCAGAGAUCAGGCCACGCGGUUAUGUUCUUUAUUCACGGCGGUGGAUUUACAAUGGGUUCAGGAACUAUGUAUGAUGGUGGAGUCCUUUCUUCUGUAGGAAAUGUUAUAGUUGUCACCAUCAAUUACAGGCUGGGAUUGCUUGGAUUUCUAGAUAUUGACAAUGCAAAAUCAUCAGGUAAUUUUGGUCUUUAUGACCAACGUUUGGCCCUGCAAUGGGUCAACGAAAAUAUUGGUGCGUUUGGAGGAGAUAAAAAUAGGGUGACUAUAUUUGGGGAAUCCGCAGGUUCGAUAAGUGUUUCCCUGCAAAUGAUUUAUCCGCCAAAUGACGGACUCUUCAGAAGUGGUAUUUCAGAGAGCGCUGCUUUAACGAUGCCGGGAUAUUACCAAGAAAAUAACAUCGAAAUAGCUAAGUAUUUUGCCGAGAACUUGAGCUGUAGUGUUGAAGACAUAAAUGAAGUUUUCAGUUGUCUUCGGUCAGCAUCUCCUGAACAUAUAAUCAAAGUUGUUUCAGAUGCAAUGACAUCUGGCGGUAUGGCAAACGAAGAAAAAGUUAGUGCUGUUCCAACAAUUGAUGGAGAAUUUAUCAAAACUAAUCCCGCUGACUUGUAUAUGAAAGCAGUAAAUGAAGAGAGCGAAGAAAUAAACUUCUUUCGAACACUUAAACUGAUGAAUGGCGUAAAUGGUAAAGAAGGUGCAAUAUAUCUUAUGAUGUUCGGAUCAGAAAAUUUGGAGGAGCUGGAGGUAACUAGGGAAGAGAUGAAUACACAGCAUAUUCCUGGUGCUACAGCAAUAGUCUAUGGUCAGCGAACUGUUCCUGAAGUUGUGAAACAGCCUUUGAUUGCGGAGUACACGGACUGGGAAAAUCCUGAUGAUCCCAGAAAACUUCGUGAACAAAUGGUGCGUCUUUUCGGUGACAUUUAUUUUAAUGUUCCUGCGAUAGAAAUGAGUCGCGUUCAUUCUAAUGCAUCUGAUGUUGACAGUUAUCUAUACAAUUUCGUUGCUUUCCUGGACAAACAUCUGCUUCCAACACCAAAUUGGGUUAGCAUGGCAAACCAUGGGGACGAGUUAGGGCCUGUGUUUGGAUACAACUUUGAUUUUGCAGCAUUGUUGAACAUAUCCAAUUACACACCUCCUGAAUGGGAGCUUGAGCUAUCUGAAAGAAUGAUGACGUACUGGACAAACUUUGCAAAAACAGGCGAUCCGAAUAAACCAACAGCAGAUGCAGUAUCUUCUGUAAUUUGGCCAAAAUAUGACGUCACAUCUCAGUCCUAUAUCAAGUUUGAUAGGGAGGAUUCUAUUGGUCAAUAUUUGUUUGCAAGAGAAACCUACUUUUGGAGGAAUAUUGUAUCAACCGUGUUCGAUGCUGUGGAGCAUGCGCAAACUAUUUCAUCACAGUGUGGGAGCAAAGACAAGCAAACAUGCGACAAGGACGGCACAUGUGGAUGAAUAAAGACUCUGAAAUUAUAUUCAAUGAAAAAAAUGUACAUUAACCUGACUGUAGUAUAGUAGCCAGUCAAAUCACAUAUUGUCUAAAUAACAGAAACUCGUACUUCCACAGAAUGAUUUCCGCUUCCAAAUUUGAUUUGAAGAACUCAAGCAUAUUUAUAAUUGUUACAUGUUUAUAAUCUCUAUGUAUUUUACAAUAGGAACUAAGACGUCAUUUACUUCCGAUAUUCAGGUGCAAAGUUCGAAUCGGCUGUGAGACAUCCUUUGUGAUAUUAUUUUAGUGUUUGCUGUCGCGUACAGAUAUUCAUUUAGUAUGGUGGCAUAUUUCUGCCACGAGAUAGUUAGGUCGACUUCGAAUGCAUGGUCAAUAUGUGAAAUCAAACUCUAUUGCGACCCUCUGACCUAUCGCGAUAAUUAAAAAAGUGAGCCAUGCCAUGAGAAAACCAACAUAGUGGGUUUGCGACCAGCAUGAAUCCAGACCAGCCUGCGCAUCCGCGCAGUCUGGUCAAGAUCCAUGCUGUUCGCUUUCAAAGCCUAUAGCAAUUAGAGAAACCGAUAGCGAACAGCAUGGAUCCUAACCAGACUGCGCGGAUGAGCAGGCUGGUCUGGAUCCAUGCUGGUCGCAAACCCAUUAUGUUGGUUUUCUCAUGGCACGGCUCAAGUUAUAUUGAUAAAGCGAAGUUUUCUGAAAAGAUUAUCUUAAUAGCUGAAAGUUUCUUGGAAAUGUUAUUGCGGAAAUUUACAUUAAUAUCUCGAUAUUUUUGCGUAAGUGGUUACAGGUGCUCUAUUUGCAAGAUAGCUAUCUCGAUACUUUCAGCAGUUAUCUAGAUAUUUCGAACGUUUUUGAAGAACCUUAUCUCAGUAGUCUAAAGCUACAUGGAAAUAAAAAUCAUGAAAACAAUAAUUUAUUGCAAUAAUGUUUUCAGAACAAUGUACAACUUUCCUGGAAUGUUUAAAAUAUUAUCGUGAUACCUACCAAGUAUCUCGUUGCAGUUUCAAGCACUAACGCAAAAAUUUGCUCUAAAAUAUUUUCAGUGAACAAAUAAAAUAUCUAGAAAACAUUACUUUUUGCUGAAAUGUUUUCAGAAAAAUGCAAAAAUUCCUUGGAAAGUUUACAUUAUUAUCGUGAUAGCUACCUAGCUAUCUCGUGGCAGAAUUAUAUCACCAUAAUUUACUGAGAUAUAUUCAAUAGCAUUCGUGGAAAAGACGGGUUUUUUUUUCCAUUUAUAUAGAAAGCUAAUAAUAAUGUGUAGAUGCGAUUGAAAUAAAAAGAUUAUUAUCUUUACAUUGAGAAACAGAUAUAAUUUCUUUUGCAGAAUAAUAUGGCGACCCUAAAAUCACGCAAUAUCUCCGCUGCAGAAUACGUGCAUACUUCUAGUAAAAGAUUUAUUUACCUGUAAUAAAGUCUUAAUACUUAAAACUCAUUCUUUUACAGAUUUACAUUUAGCGACAUUUGGAGAACUCGUACUUAUUUCUCAGUAUAGGUAGCUGUCUCGGUUCUUGGUCAGGGGCAAGUAAAGUCUAUCAAGCUAAUCCCACCGGAACAUAUUGUUCGGCAAGACCAACUUGAUGAAAAUUUUAAAAAAAUGUUUUCAUGAAAAGCUCUUUCGAACUUUUUAUGAUUUCACUUUUUCCGUUACAGCCUUACAUUUUUGGAAAUGACAACCAUGUAGAUCGUAGAUGCAUUAUAUCUUGGAUGCAUAGCAAUACUACUUAUUUGUUAAAACGUAUCGAUUCUGAGGUUUUAUUUUCAAUGAAGAAAUCAUUUGAAAUAUUUUUAUACAUUCUCUAUUCCUGUUUUAUUUUGAAUUAAUGCAACUUUUAAUUAAGCUAGAAUAAUAUCAGUUUCCUAUUAAUA